AUGGUGGAGCUCAACGCAAAACUUAUAGUUGCUGCACACACAGUAUGUGCUGCCUCAGCCUUCCUUGCCGCGUUGGUAACUGGUUAUAAUCUACAUUUCCAUAAGAUUGUGGAGAAUGCUCACUACGGAUACCCUGAUGAAUGGUUUCCAAGUGUAUCAGCCACCAUUGGGGAUAGGUACCCAGAGAGGUCCAUAUUUCAAAUUCUAAUUGCAUUGACUGCAUUUCCUAGGUUCCUUUUGUUAUUGUCUCACUAUUAUAUCAAUGGCUCAUUGACAACUUUCAUUAUAGGUACAGCAAGAACAGUAACGUGUGGUGGUUGGGUAUACAUAACAAGUACCGAUGACCAUGACAUUCACGACAUUUUCAUGAUUGCUUACAUUAUCUUGACUCUACCGUGGUACAUUCUUGUUACGAAGCACUCAAAUUACAAACAAGCCAAGACCAUUGUGGGAACUACAUUUUUUAGUACUCUUGUACCAAUGAUCUAUUGGUAUAUACAGCAUCAGGUACAUCAUGUUGCAGGCGCAUAUUCUAUUUAUGCCUAUUUCGAAUGGUCAUUGAUUAUUUUAGAUAUUACAUUCGAUGCCACCGCUUAUAAGGAUUUUAAAAAGCUCACUUUUACAUUGAAGCACGAUGCAAAUGAAGCUGGUAAAUGGUUUUUCAAGAUUAACAACCAACAAAAUGAUACUAUGAAGAAUGAAACAAUUGUAGAGAUUGAUGAUGAAAAAAUUGAAAGACCGAUUGAAGCUGAAGUAGAACUUGAUGAAAUUAUCAGAGCUAAGGGUAUCGCUGCAAUUGAAGAUCAUUUGAUUUCACCAAAGAUUUUCACCUAUGAUUCAUUCGUUUACAUAACUGUUAAUAUUAUCGAAUCAUUCAUCUUUUGGUCUAAUCUCACAUCCCUAACAUGUAGUGUAUGGCAUUUUCCUCUAUGGUACAUGGGUAUUUCGGGAUACGAAGCAGCUAUACUCGGAUUUAUGGGUCCUGCAAUCUUAGCUAUUCCUUACAUGUCAUCAGCAGUAACUCAGUAUGGUGCUUUAUUAGGCGGGCUUAUCACCAUUGGGGCAUAUUUAAUUGAUACCCCAGAGCCAAGAUUGAUAACCAUUUGUGUUGGUACUAUAUUUUCCAUGGCCACUUUUGCUCAAUACUUGAGAAAAUUAACAAAUGCACAAUUGAAUUUCUCAUUUGCUAUUACCUGGUCGCUUGGUUUGAUUUUUACACUAAUAAUCAAAAUGUGGUUCUUCUCCAAUAACCCCACUUGGGCUAUCAUGAAAGAAGAAACUGGCGGCUACAACAAGACUGCCAUAGUUAUUUCAACAGUCAUAGGUAUGAUAUAUCCUUAUAUCAACUCCAUCCAUAUGAAACAGGAGAAACCAAUGGUAAGUGGAUGCUUCUUUAAGAAGUUUAUGUUAGCUACUGGUUUUGGUGGACUAAUAUUUAGCAUCCAUCAAUCAUUGACUGAUGCCUCGACUUUGAUCUAUUGGUCAUGGGAGGGAUACUCCAAGGAAAACCAAGGUCCACUAGCUUGGCCUUGGGCAUCGUUAACUAUCGUGGUCAUGCUUUUUGGCGCACUGACCUCCUUGAAAUUCAUCAAUAGACCAGUAUUCCCUUCUUUAUUAUUGAUUAUCGGUACAAUUGUUCUUUCAAUUCGUUCCAUAACAGGAUGGAAUAAAUUCAUCUUUGGGGGUCUCUUUUAUGCCUUGUCAAUUAUGUGGUUAAUUCCAACGUAUGUUUCUGCUCUUGGAUAUCUAGGUAGUACGUGGGUCUUUACAUUGGCGUUUUUCUAUCACGUUAUUGGUAUCCUAGCUCACGUUUGGGUGGUUGCUUACGCUUUUGUACCAAUGGGCUGGAUUUUAAGAGAAAGAAUUGAGGUAGUACUUUCUAUCGCUACUGGAAUGGUUAUUCUGGGUGCGUUGUCUGUUUCAAAUAGCUUUUUCUUGCCAAAAUCAAUAUCUUUCACGAAGAAGUUCGGUACCUAUUUGACACUAUACGCAUUUGCCGCCUUAGCAUUGACUAGUUAUUGCACUUAUGAUCUGAGACCAACAGGAGUCCCAACUCCAUACCACCCAGAUAAGAAACUAAUUACCGCUGGUAUCUGGACAAUUCAUUUCGGCCUAGAUAAUGACAUGUGGGCCUCAGAAGAGAGAAUGAUCGAAUUAAUUAAAGACCUAGAAAUUGAUGUUGUUGGUCUUUUGGAAACUGAUACUCAACGUAUUACAAUGGGUAACAGAGAUCUAACCAGAAAGAUGGCAUACGAGCUGAAUAUGUAUGCUGAUUUUGGACCAGGUCCAAAUAAACACACAUGGGGUUGUGUGUUGCUUUCCAAAUUCCCAAUCUUGAACUCAACACAUCAUCUCUUACCUUCCCCUGUUGGGGAACUAGCUCCCGCCAUUCAUGCCACAUUAAAAACAUAUGAUGAUGUUUUAGUAGACGUAAUUGUCUUCCAUAGCGGUCAAGAAGAAGAUGAAGAGGAUAGAAGAUUGCAGUCACAGUACCUAGCUAAGCUAAUGGGAUCUACUAACCGUCCAACAUUCCUAUUAAGCUACUUAGUUACUGACCCUCAUGAGGGUAAUUACAACACCUAUGUGAGUGAACUCUCAGGUAUGCACGAUAUUGACCCAAGUGAUGAUGACAGGUGGUGUGAAUACAUCCUAUACAAGAACAUCAAACGUACUGGUUAUGCCAGAGUCUCAAGAGGUACUAUCACCGACACAGAAUUACAAGUAGGUAAAUUCCAAGUACUAAAUGAUAGGGAACUUCUGGAAGCAAAUGACAGCCUUUACACCGACGAAUACACCGAAGAAAUUGACGAUGAUGGAUUCAAGUUCCCUUCCAUGUUUGAAGGUGAGGGAGAAAGAGACCACUUUUACCAUGUUUUCGACAGACCACGUUAUUUUGGGUUCAAGAAAGAUGAGGAGCAGAAUGAUGAAUAA